AUGAAGCAACGGGAUUUAUUCACGGCUUCUCUCUAUUAUGUAAUCAUCAGUUCUGUGAACGCUCUUCAUCCGAUCUAUUCACAGCUGCACAAGAAAGCGAUCCCGGUGAAUGGGCAACCGGGUCCCUUGAAGGUCCACGUGGGAUUCUAUGUGGAAAGCCUUGGCAACUUCCGAUCUACGGAAAUGACAUUCGACAUGGAUGUUUAUAUGUAUAUGAGUUGGCAGGAUGUCCGAAUGAGGCAUAAUCAAUCUGAUUACGUACUAGUCAAUGAUAAAUCAAUACGAGACAAGAUCUGGCUGCCGGACCUGUAUUUUGCAAACGCUCGUACGGCCUACUUCCAUGAAGUCACUGUGCAUAAUUUCAAUAUGUUUGUCUCACCCGAGGGCGUUAUUGCGUACGGGACCAGAGUGACGCUCAAC